AUGACCGACGCCCUCAACGCAAAGCGACGCCUGGAGCGUCACCGUCAACAGCGUCGCAUCAACAUUGCAGCAGAUAUCCGCCAAAAUGUCGAGCGCUCGCAGGAUAAUGUCAAGCGCCUCCUCUUUGGUGGAGGUAGCGACGAUGACGAUGGAGGAGACUCGUUCUCUUCCGGCAACGCCAAGGCGGCAUCACCGAAUGACGGUGACACCACGACGACCCGCCCCACCACGACGGCUGACACCUCAACUACCGAAUCUACGUCAAGCACGAGCCGUACGAGGACGUCCUCUGACGUAUUGACCAGUUCGUCGACGACUCAAUCAUCUUCCACGUCGAGCUCCUCGUCCUCUUCGUCCACUCAGGAGCCUACUACUACCUCCUCAUCGUCGACGUCGACGACCGAAGAGCCCACCUCUACGCGUGUCCGCUCGACCCGCUCCGCAGAGACGACCUCAGCCCCGACAUCCGUCGUAGCCGUGACCAACUCGAACUCGAUUGCCACGUCCGUUCAGCUCAUCACUUCCUCCGCAGCUCCCAUCCAAUCCGCAUCUGCCACGCCUACCUCGGACUCAAAUGGCGUUGGUGCCGGACCCAUCAUCGGAAUCGUCGCGGCCGCCCUAGCCGGCGUGGUCAUCGUUGCUGCAGCUAUUGGCUUCCUCGUCAAGAAGUACAGCAAGAAGAACGACCCUUACGAGACGAACCCCUUCGAUGCUGAUCAGUUCCGCCGCGAGUCGGUCAUGCUACCUGAAGGUUUCGAGAGCGAUGAUGGGCAUGCACCGUCGAUGACGGAGCACCGCAACUUUGGUCCCGCAUCUGGCGGUGGUGCUGGAAGCCUCAACGGGUACGAGGAUAUGGGAUACGCUGGCGCAGCGGCUGGUAUGGGCGGGGCUUACGGCUCUUCCUACUCGCACAAUGACGGUGGUGCCCCGCGCCCGCCGACGAUGUUCGCGCGCCACAACGAUGCCCACGGUCCCGGUGUCGGCGCUGUGUUCAACAAGGCGCCCGUCCCCGAGCUCCCUCCCAUGGCCUUUGGUGGCGGUGACCCUUACUCGCUCGCAGGCGUUGCCGGUGGCAUGCACAAUGUCUCGAACCCCUACGCCCACCUGGACCGCCACGGCGAUUCGUACCACCGAUACCAGGACCCCAAUGCCGCAUCUGCUGGACUCGACCGUUCAGGUAGCGACGGUAGCCACUAUUCUUCGCAGAAUCAGUACCAGCAGCAGCAGGCACAUCGUCAAUACCCUACCCCUCAGUCCGAAGCGCACGAGACCUCCGGACGACCCACCAGCAUGGAGCAGGGGCGCAGUGGUACGCCUGAUCUGCCGAAUGUUCAACAGACGUACAAUCUCAACUCUGACGAAGAUCAACACCACCAGCACCAGGACUACAUGCACAGCGCCUCGAACGGCCGCCAAUCUGCAGGCCUGAACUCGCUGCUCGACAAUUACGGACAGGGCGCUUCCCCCGCUUCGCCCCGUGAUCAGCAUGCAGAGUACUUCCCGGCCUCCAGCGGUGCUAGCGACGCUGCGUCCGGGUCGGCGGCCCCGCCUGCUUCGCUGCAGGUGCGCAACCUGACUGGUGGGCACCUCAUGCCUGCUGGUGGCGCCCAAGGCCAACGUCCCAUCUCGACGGCCAGCUCGAUGAAGGAUGACGAUGCUGCGUACGGCGGUGUCUACUAA